AUGAAAAUUGUUGACCAGACAGUGAGUGCCAAGGCUGCAACUAAGUAUGUCCACAAAAAGAGGAGUGAACACUCUUCUUGUCCCACGUUAAACAACUGUGUCAUGGUGGUAGGGUAUACUGAAUCAUCAGAACAUAGUGAAAGAGAGGGUCUGAUGGGAGGAGACCAAGAUGACCAGCUGCUUUAA